ACAACAUUUCCCAAAAGGGAGGAAACAACAGAACAGAAGAGCCUUCAAUAUGACCACAUAAACCCAACCCGAUCAGAUAGUAUUCUGAGUUUCAAUUUUCCAUUUUCCAUUUUAUGAGAGCUUCUCUCAGUCAGAUAUGGCAGUUUCAACCUCAUGCUUGAGUUGGGUUCCGACCACCGCAUCAAAUUUGAAGCCGAGGUUGCUUCCUUUCAAUGACCUGCUAUCACCAGCCUCUUGUUCAUUUUCUUCGUGUAGUACCAUCAUUUGCUCCACCGAGAGAACUUCCCCUGAGGAAAGCCAUUGCUAUAGAAGGCCGCUUCUAUUGGGAGUUGGAGCACUAGCUACAAGUUUACUCCCUGCAAGUUCCCUCUUUGCCGAAGAAGUCCCGAAAAAUUAUCGAGCUUUUGUAGACUCCACAGAUGGUUAUUCCUAUUAUUACCCUUCUGACUGGAGGGAAUUUGAUUUUAGAGCCCAUGAUUCGGCAUUCAAGGAUCGAUACCUGCAACUACAGAAUGUUAGAGUUAAGUUUAUACCAACUGAGAAAAGGGAUAUCCAUGAAGAAGGUCCGAUAGAAGAGGUUGUUAACUUUUUGGUAAAUCACCGUUAUGCUGCACCAAAUCAACAAGCUACCAUAUAUGACAUGAAGGAGCGAACGAUUGAUGGUAAAAUUUAUUAUACUUUUGAGUAUAAACUUAGUUCUAGAGCGUACUCCCGGACCUCCUUUGCAACUAUAGCAAUUGGAAACGGUAGAUACUAUACCUUGGUAGUUGGGGCAAAUGACAGAAGGUGGAGAAGGUACCGCAACAUGCUUAAAGUGGUUGCAGACUCAUUCAGGGUGUUGGAUAUAUAAGCUGUUUCUGAAGGAUGUGAAUUUGAAUAAGCACUAUUGGUUUUUGUUGUAUAGUUGGUAUAUACCUAUCUCUUUGUAAGGUAUAUAUUUUCAAGAGCUCAAAAUCGUUGAUUUGUUGAAAACAAAACACCCUUCUAUUUUACUUCCCACUUGAGCUCAA